AUGUUGAGGUCAACGUUAUCGAGAUCCGCUUUGCGAGGCAGUAGACAGAGCUUCCGUGUUGCAAGAACAUUCGCAACUACAAAUAGAAGACAGGCAGAGGUUACUCUUACUGUUGAUGGCAAACAAGUUUCGAUAGAAGCUGGUUCUGCGUUAAUUCAGGCAUGUGAGAAGGCGGGAGUGACAGUUCCAAGGCAAGUAUUCAAUGGGAAACUUAUGAUUGCUGGAAAUUGUCGUAUGUGUCUAGUUGAAGUUGAGAAAGCACCAAAACCAGUUGCAUCAUGUGCAUGGCCGGUCCAGCCCGGUAUGGUUGUCAAGACCAAUUCGCCCCUCACACAUAAAGCCAGAGAAGGAGUUAUGGAAUUUUUAUUGGCCAACCACCCGUUAGAUUGUCCUAUUUGCGACCAAGGAGGAGAGUGUGAUUUACAAGAUCAAUCUAUGAGAUAUGGAGCCGAUCGUGGUCGAUUCCACGAGGUUGGUGGCAAGCGUGCCGUUGAGGACAAAAAUAUCGGACCCCUCAUUAAAACUUCGAUGAACAGAUGUAUUCAGUGCACAAGAUGUAUUCGAUUCGCAAAUGAUAUUGCUGGUGCACCGGAACUUGGAUCUACUGGACGAGGAAAUGAUUUACAAAUUGGAACAUACCUGGAACAGAACCUGGAUUCCGAGAUGUCUGGAAAUAUUAUAGAUUUGUGCCCUGUUGGAGCUCUCACAUCAAAACCAUAUGCAUUCAGAGCCAGACCUUGGGAAUUGAAACACUCCGAAUCUAUUGAUGUUUUGGACGGUUUAGGAUCAAAUAUUCGAGUCGACUCAAGAGGCCUCGAGGUUAUGAGAAUUCUCCCUAGGUUAAACGAUGAUGUCAACGAAGAAUGGAUUAACGAUAAGACUCGAUUUGCUUGUGACGGAUUGAAGACUCAAAGACUUACUACGCCAUUGAUUAAAAAGGAUGGAAAAUUCCUUCCAGUCAGUUGGGAGCAGGCUUUGGUAGAGAUUGGUGCCGCAUACAAGGAUUUCGCUCCAAAGGGCAACGAAUUUAAGGCUAUUGCUGGAGAACUUAUCGAGACUGAGUCCAUGGUUGCUAUGAAGGAUCUUGCUAACAAGCUCGGCUCCGAGAACUUAGCUCUUGAUCAACCCUCUGGAAAUGCCCCAAUGCCUCACGGAAUUGAUGUUCGUUCGAAUUACUUAUUCAACUCCAAAAUUUGGGGUGUAGAGGAGGCUGAUGUUAUUCUGAUUGUUGGAAGCAACACCCGACAUGAAGCUGCUGGUCUUAAUGCUCGUAUCCGCAAACAAUGGUUGCGCUCCGAUCUUGAGAUUGGUGUUGUAGGUGAAACAUGGGAUUCAACUUUCGAAUUCGAGCACCUCGGUACUGAUGCGGCCUCUUUGAAGGACACUCUCGCUGGUCCCUUCGGUAAGAAGCUUGCAGAUGCGAAGAGACCAAUGAUUAUUGUCGGUUCAGGUGUCACUGAUCACGCUGAUGCCAAGGCUAUGUACGAGACGGUCGGUACUUUCGUUGAGAAGCAUGCCUCGAACUUCUUGACCGAGGAGUGGAAUGGAUACAACGUUCUUCAACGUGCUGCCUCAAGAGCGGGUGCUUUCGAAGUUGGUUUCACCACACCUUCUCAAGCAGUUGCUGAGACAAAACCCAAAUUCAUUUGGUUACUCGGUGCCGAUGAAUUCAAUGCCGCUGAUAUCCCUAAGGACGCUUUCGUUGUCUACCAAGGUCACCACGGUGAUCGUGGAGCUCAAAUAGCCGACGUUGUCCUUCCAGGUGCCGCAUAUACUGAGAAGGCAGGAACCUACGUCAACACCGAAGGUCGUGUACAGAUGACUCGUGCUGCUACUUCAUUACCAGGUGCCGCUAGAACUGACUGGAAGAUCAUCAGAGCAGUUAGUGAGUUCUUAGGUGCUCCGUUGCCAUAUGAUGAUGUCGCCGCUCUCCGGGAUCGUAUGGUCGAGAUCAGUCCUUCAUUAGCAAGCUAUGACGUCGUUGAGCCAGUCGCCUUGAAACAAUUGAGCAAGGUGCAAUUAGUGGACCAAAACAAGGGUAGCCAGCCAACGGGUGCGCCAUUAAAGAAGGUCAUCGACAACUUUUACUUCACAGAUGUUAUUUCACGAAGUUCGCCAACAAUGGCCAGAUGUUCAGCAGCAAAAGAGACAGGUAACCCCGAAACUAAUUUCCUGGCUCCGGGCUACUCGAGCGAAAAUCCUCGUGGUCGCGUGGCUUACGGGCCAUGA